AUGCCUCAACAACAGAACACGUGCCUAUUCGUGGACAAUGACUGCAAGACAUCAGUCAUCCGAAACUUUCCCUUGCCUACUCCGGGAGACGACGAGUAUCUAAUCGAAAUCCUGUACUCCGGCGUCAACCCGGCCGACAUCAGACAUGCCCCGGGGCUCGGGAUCAGGGAUACCGUAAUGGGAUAUGAUUUCUGCGGCCGCGUACUGCGCACUCCGAACUCGCCGCCGGGUGGGCCCGGUAAUGCCACGUUCGCGGUCGGCGAGCUGGUGGCCGGCAUGACCCCCACGGGCGUAGGGCGGUCGCAGAAGUAUGGCUCCCACCAGAAUCAACUGGCCUCCCCCGAGGACAUGAUGUUCAGCGUGCCUGAGAGCCUCCCUCCACAAGAGGCCGCCGCGCUGAGUGUGGUCGCCUGCACGGCGGCUGAUGCUCUGUAUGGCUUCUUCAAGGCCCCACCGCCGGGAGAGAGUGGGGUGCAGGGAGGAAGGCAGGGGCCGCUGUUGGUGUGGGGUGGGUCAACGGGCGUUGGGCUCUGCCUUGUGCAACUUGCCCGGGCGAGCGGUGUGUCACCCAUCAUCGCCACGGCAUCACCGGCCAGGCAUGAGCUGCUCCGAGACCUCGGCGCGACGCACUGCUUUGACUACAAAGAUCCCGGCGUCACUAGCAAGAUCAGGGCGGCGGUGCAAGACUCGAAAGCGGGCAAGCUAUCCUACGCCAUAGAUGUAGCGGGAUCCGGCCAAGCAGUUGAAAUUAUCGAGCAGCUGGUGGAACCCGAGACGGUGUUUUUAUCCACGGUCGUCCAGCCAGGCAAGCCUCACCUAAAGAUGCCCCUGGCUUGCACCCGCCACGAUGUGCCUCUGCGUUUUGCAAACGGUAUGGAGAUUACCGUGCCUGCGCGGCGCGAGGACUGGAGGAAGACGUGGGGUGCUGUAAAUUGGGCUGUAGCUCAUUACGGCAAAGGUUUCCGCAUGCCAGCGGUCGAGGUCUUUGAUGGGAGUGCGGAGGAUGCGCUGGAGGAACUUCAAGAAAUUGCUGCUCAAGGGAAGUUUGGCAAAUUGGUGAUCAAGCAUCCUCUGAAAUGA